AUGAAUGAUGAGGAUAGACUUGAGAGAAACUUGCCGAGCAAGAACACCAUGGGCCUAUUGGUUUCGAAAACUUCUAUACUAUCAAGUCGCUAUCGUUUACCUCCUCACUCGAUUAAUUCUCACACCAGGUGUUGCAUUCCACCUUCUCAGGCAUAUCUUGCAUUUUUCGUUAUAGAUGAUUUGCAAAUGGAUCAAUCCGUUCGCAUUCUCACAUAUCCCUUCUUCAGUUAUGUCCAAAAGCUUCUCUUUUUUUUAUCCUCCCGUGUAAUUACUUUUGCGUGCAAUAAUCAUAAUAAUGUAGGAGAUUCCGUGGAAUGGGAGUCGCUUAAAGGCGUAUUAUUCAGCUGGUGGUAUUAUUUGGAUAUUCUGUGGUGCGAUCUCCGUCUAUUGCCUAGAGACAUUGGUUCUUUUAUGUAUGCGAUCUCCGUAUUUAUUGGCAUUGCGAAUGCAUUAAUAAUGAAGAUUGCUACAAAGUACACAAUGACAUCGAUGAGUGUUCGUGAACCUGUUAUGUCCUUGGCUGUUCAACCAGUUUCAAAAGAUUCUGGCGGACAGUUCUCGAAAGCAUUGAAUCGAUUCCAGAAAGAGGAUCCUACUUUCAAAGUGAGAUUGGAUCCGGAGAGUGGCCUUGUAUUAUCUAAAGAACUCCGUUGCUUCUCAUCACCUCUCUCUAUCUCUUAUUUCAGCCUGUAG